AAGAUAAGCUAGUAUCUGUUCAUUUGAAAUACUCAUUCCUUUGGCCAAGUGAGGAAAUCUCGCUUGUAUUCAUUCCAGUCAUGCGAAAGUAAAUAGAAUUUAAUAUGAUGCAUGUAAAUGAGAAAAAAUCGUGAUAAUGGGCCGACCUACUUCAAGGCUAAGUGACAAUUUGGAUGAAAAUUGGAAAACACCCUAUUUAGAAGUAAUUUCAGUUGGAGUAAUACAGUUUCUCUUAUCACUACAGAUACUUUGUUAUGGCGUGUUUAUAAUGCAAUUUAUUUUGGAAGACUUAUACAAUCUAAAGACCGGCUUAUGGACCGCUAUUAUUUUCGCCAGUGUUUCAAAGAUUACAAAUUCCUGGACACGAUCUUACUGCAAACAUUUGGACAAUAUCAGGCAUAAAGUACACAAACGUAACAUGAUUGUUGCGACGCUUUUUCUAUUUACUGAACUUGUGACAAGUUCAUUUAUUAACACGAAAACAACUCAGAUCGGUCUGUUUGGACUGUGUGGAGGUCUACUGUCAAGCAUUAUUUACGUCCAUUGUAAAUAUGCAACUGCUCAAGCGUUCGAAAACCGCCCCAAACUUUUUGACAUGAUUGAUCAAUUGGUCAAAGCUUUUAGUUUAAUUUUUAUGCCCCAUUUCGUCCUGUUUAUGUCGAAUUUAUACGAGACGAAAGCCUGCCUGUUGAUUUUAGGUGCACUUAUCCUUAACAUCAUCCCAGCCUCUCUUCUGAUUAAAAAAACGCGACAUAAAAAAUCACCACUUUGCAAGUUUAAGACGCUCGAAAGAUUAUCGAUUGAAAUGGAGGAUUUGAACCACAAAACUCCUGUUAUCACAGAACCCUCAUCAUCAUCAUCAUCAUCCAGCGAUGAAGAUGAAGAAAAGGAAGAAGUGCACGAGGUUACAACUGAAGCAACACUGAACAACAACAUCCAAAAGUAUUUCCAAAACGUUGGUGUUAAGAUUCUGCCAAAUAUACCCGAAGAAAACGAACUGGAAGAAGAGGAAGACCUUAAUGAAAUCUCCAGCAAGAGGCUAAGCAAAAUCAGCGCGUUUUUGCAAGAACUGAACGAAAAUAAUCGCAAAAGUGUUAACCUGAGUGUGAUUAAUUUAUUUCAACCGGACGAGAUUGCUGAAAGUGUUGAGCAAGAAGUUGAGUUGAGUGAACCUAGCCCGAAAAAAUCGAGGUGUUUCAGUAUUACCUCCAGUGCUUUGUUCGAACUAGAGGCGAAAAAAUCCCACCUGAAGUCGUUUUUUCACGAGUAUUUUAUUAAACCCGUGCCCAGAACAUUGAGAAGUGUUUAUUUCUACCCAGUUGUUUUGUCCAAUGUUAUUACCACACUGCUGGCAACUGUUGUUUUUGCAACCGCCCCGUAUAUGAUGUGUCUGAAAAACGGCCAUGGCAGCGACACAGAGGCCACAUUUAUUUUGACCAUAAUCGGAUUCUCGUGGCUUUUUUUUUUGGCCGGACACCCAGUCUUUAGUAAACUUUCACCACUGAAGAACCAAAUUUUGUUCCUUAUUGGACUUUCGGUCUCAGGAUUCAGUCUUUUUAUUGUUCACAAAUUUAGUUACGAUAAUUUUACGCUUUUUUCUCUGACUUUUGGACUGGGUCAUGGCAUAGUCACUUACACCGAAACGAAGACUUAUGAGAGUUUUUCCGGGCAAACAAACUGGAAGAAACUGAAGGGUGUGCUCGAAAUUUGUACUGGAUUUUUUGUGAUAUUAGUUUAUUUAAUUAUUUAUUUGUGUAACUUAGAAAUCGAUGUUUUCUUAUCGUUUGCUUACUGGCUUUAUGUUUUUAACGUGUCUCUUUGGAUUGUGGCGUAUAUUUCGAAACGAAUUGUUUUUAAUAUUAAGCAUGUAAGAAGUUAUAACUGCCAACGGUAUUCCGAUUUUAAUUUCUAAAUACCGUUGUGGAAUAAAAUUCGAUUUUUUCUUUG